AUGUCAUCGACCCAUCCCUUGGAGUUCCACGCCCCUGGGUGGCAUGAUGAGGGACGAACACCAGUUGUGGAUGGCAAGUAUUGCGAUCGCGCUACCGGCGAGAUCAAGCUUGCAUCCGACGACGAUCAGGAGUAUAUGGGCCCACCCGCGGUCGAUAUUAUCGUUCGGAGUCAGCAUAUUGACACCGUCAAGUGCAUCUACCGUGCAUCACGGUCAUUUCCUAUGGAGACUCUCCUGUGUCAUAUCAUGAAGAUAGUUGGGGAUAGAAAACUGGAGCUGGAUUCAGUCAUUGCGACAACAUAUGCGAUUCGGAUCACCCUAGCACACGAACUGACGCCCGACCAGUUCAGUGAGAUUGCACUCAAUAUGGCGAACGGGGUCUGGGACCAGAUCGAUUGA